AUAUCAGGUCCACCGCUAUGCGCGUCUCUGCGGCUACAAACUGCGUCCUCCAUCUUGCAUAGAUAUUCAUGCUGUUGACGAGCUCAACCCCUGCCGACGUUCCUUGGAGACAGUACCUUGAUUUCGGGUGAGGCGGCAACAUGGGAUCCAGUGCCAGAAAAAGGAAGGAAAAGAAAAAGGAUUUCCAGAAACCAAAGUUGAAAGUUGGGAAACCGCAGGCGAAAGCAGCCAACUUCACGGACACCAGUUUCAAAGCCAAAUCUAUUGUAUUGACACAGCAGUCGCUGUCGUCCACUGCACCGAGUUUGGCAGCUCAAUGCGCGCACCAUUUGUCGUUGCUGAAUCACAAGUCUGACUCGCAGAGGCGCGAGUCCCUGGCGUACUUGACCACAGCCAUAUCCAGCCUUCCUCCGGGCGCUCCUCUACCGCAGCCAGCAUCGGUCAUUCUGCCUGCCGUGCAGCGACUUGUUUUGGAUGGUUCGAAUGCGGUCCGUCAGCAGCUUCUCAAGCUUCUUCAGAGCUUACCUGAAGGUGACAUUGCGAGCCAUAGCGACCAACUCCUGCUUCACACACGAGCAGGCAUGACGCACCUUGCAGCUGAUAUUCGCAUAUCCUCCCUGGAUGUUCUGGAAUGGUUGCUCCGCGUUGCCGGGGAUGAAGUCGUUAGCUGUGCGGGCGGCUGGGUGAAGAUGCUGAAGUGCUUCCUCGGCCUUCUUGGCUGGCAGAACAAUUCCUCAGGGAAAUGGUCUGUCACGCAGUCUUUUGGCAAGGCAGGAGGGGAUGCGAAAGUCCAAGUGAAGCAGAUCAAUGCGCUCGCAUCCUUCCUGAGGUGCGGUUUGGUUCCAUCGCAGAAGGAGGCAGCUCUUGCUGGCGAGGGCAGCAUGUUCCCACUAUGGCAGACUCAGCACCACAUGCUAUCCGAGCGAUCGAAUGCGUAUGCCCACCUCAACCUCUUUGGUGCGGCUCGAGACGAGGAGGCGGAGAUGUAUGAGGAUAGGGAGGAUCGACAGCGCGUCUUCCACGAGAGAGCCGAGGCGGCGGUCGUAGUGGGCCUUGAGCAAGCGACAAAAGCUGGAGGUGAACUUGGACGCGCUGCUGCGCAGUUACGCCGGGUUAUUAGAGAAGGCAUGGCGGAUUAUAAUGGAGAUAUCGGGGCUUAUUAGUGGGCACAAGCAGUUUGUAGCCCUGGUUUGUUUCACAUGCGAGAGACUAUCAACUCAAAAUCAACUGCGUCAAUAGCAAAGGGAAAGACGUGUGGAACGCAGACCAGACACGUCAAGGGUGCAUGAAAGCAAUUUUAG